AAAAUCAAAGACCACACAUAUGAAAAUUGGAAAGCAAGAGGUGGUUAGCGCCCCGGACCUUCGCUUUGAGGAAUAUCCUGGGCCGCAAUUAAUUACCUUGUUAAGGAUGUCCAAUGAGGUCAGCAUCUCCUGUGGGGAACCUGACUCCAUUUCUAAAGAAGAUUUCAGCAUUCAGAGUUUGCCUGAACAUAUUCUGGGUCAGCACGGAGCAGAUCUUAUACUUGACAUUGACAAUUCUGUCUUCUAUCCUGGCAUACUGGGAAUUAUAUGUCUGAGAACAAAGCUUAUUUUUACCUACCUGGAGUUAACAGAGGACCAUAUAAACCUCAUUCAGAAGGGAACUCCAAUGGGAGCUAAAGGUGCCUCCAUCCAGUACACACGUCCUUACAAUUACUGGAGCCCAGAGGAUAGAAAAGAAAUCUAUAGAACUCUGCUCUGGUUAGGACACCUUCAAACAGCAAGUGAAUGGCAUUGGUGAUGCCUCAAUAGAAAUAAGAAAUCUAUUGUAAUUACAUUCUGUUUCAUCAUCACAUGUCCAGUGAAUGGCAUUGGUGACUCUUCUACAGAAACAGUAAAAUCAUUACAUUUAUUUUCUGGAGUCAUGAAUUAUUGUAGA